AUGAAAACUUUUGUGCUUCUGAUCUUUGUGGGAGUUGUGUGUGCCAAUGUUGGCGCUAGGCAGCUCGAAGAAGUAUCCAAGGAGACAAAGUUAGGCAUUUCUAUUCCCAAAACUGUCACUGCCAACGGCUUAGGAGCUGAGCUUGGCAUCGUUACUGCUACAACUUAUGCCAGCAAUUAUGAAAAUGCCAAUGCUGCUGCUGCUGCAGGUCCUGGCGGUCCCAGCGCAGAUACAUCUGCAACUGUCGCUAAAAGUACUUAUGGAGUUGCCGUUGCAGAAGGUCCCAACGCAAACGCUGGUUCUAACAGUAACGCUUACGGUGACGCCGGUGCUGGUGCUGCAGCGGGUCCCAAUGGAGCGGGGAGCAGUGGAUACGCUAACGGAUAUGCAGGCAGCAAUUCUUAUGGCAACACCCCUAACUCUUGA